CGCCCACUCCAUGUCCUCGCUAGUGUUAUAACUCCUCCUCUCUCUCCACUCGGUAUCGUCUCGAUUGCCGAAGCAACGACGACGACACCAAUUUAAAGACCAGACUCCGUCCCCGAACACCAAAAACUAAACGGCUUCUGUGAUUUGAUUCCUUUAUUAUCUCCUUUUAUUCCCUCCCCUCCUCUUCCCUUCUCGUUUCCUCUCUUCUGUCCUUUCUCGGAUUCGUAUUAUAUACAGAUUAGAUCGAGGGAGUUGCUACCAGCAGAAGCCCUCGCCCUCGCUUGGUCUUCGGGGAUUAGGGACUCGAGGGGGAGGAGGGGGAAGGCGGCGGCCAUGGAUCUGGAGAAGAAGCCCGUGGUGUCGGACGUGGGGGCAUGGGCGAUGAACGUCGUCAGCUCCGUCGGCAUUAUCAUGGCCAACAAGCAGCUCAUGUCGCCCAACGGCUAUGCCUUCGGCUUCGCAACAACGCUGACAGGGUUUCAUUUCAUUGUCACUGCCCUUGUUGGUUGGGUUUCAAAUGCAACCGGUCUCUCUGUAUCCAAGUAUGUUCCUUUUUGGGAGCUCUUUUGGUUCUCCAUAGUCGCGAAUCUGUCAAUUACUGGGAUGAAUCUCAGUCUCAUGUUGAACUCUGUUGGAUUUUAUCAGAUCUCCAAACUGAGCAUUAUACCCGUGGUUUGCUUUAUGGAAUUUUUGUUGCACAGCAAACACUACUCACGGCAAGUGAUUCUGGCCGUUGCAGUUGUGGCCUUAGGAGUUGGUAUUUGCACAGUCACUGAUGUGGACAUCAAUGCAAAGGGUCUACUUUGUGCCUGUGUGGCUGUUUUUUGCACAUCAUUGCAGCAAAUUACAAUUGGGUCUUUCCAGAAAAAAUAUAAUAUUGGUUCUUUUGAGCUCCUAAGCAAAACUGCACCAGUACAGGCAGCCUCACUUCUUAUUGUUGGCCCAUUUGCUGACUACUACCUCAACCACCGCUCUCUCUUAGACUACCGAUUUACUUCAGGGGCAACUUUCUUCGUACUUCUCUCGUGUUCCCUGGCUGUCUUCUGCAACAUGAGCCAAUAUCUCUGCAUCGGCCGGUUCUCUGCAACAUCCUUCCAAGUCUUGGGUCAUAUGAAGACCGUCUGUGUGCUGAUACUAGGAUGGAUACUCUUUGAUUCAGCUCUCACUCUCAAGAACAUUCUAGGAAUGUUGCUUGCGGUGCUAGGCAUGGUGGUCUACAGCUGGGCUGUAGAGCACGAGAAGCAGGUAAACCGGGCGACGCAUAUAAUUGCCGACAGCAAAUCGGAGGGGGAGGAUGUAAAGCUCCUGAAGGAGAAAGUAAAUGGGCUCGCCAAAUCUGACCUUGAAUUGGGGCAGACAAAGAGCUAAUUCUAUUCUUCACAUACGCAUGUCCAUCUCGUUCCUAAUUAUUCUUUAGUAAUUUGAUCAUCGUAGUCACUCCACGAUGCCUACAGUUAUGUCUUAAGUGGAUUUCUUUGCCAUUCUUCAUCUUCUACUCCAUUUUACAUGGGAUCAUCGUAGGCAUUUGCUGUGUGCGGACAGAUUUUUUUUUUGUAAUGUUUGAAGGGUUGUCAAGGCCCUGAAUCAAUAUUUGUCACUCUCGUCUUGUUGUUCUCUGUAUCAGAUAGAUAUCCAAGUGUUCA